AGCUCAGCUCCUCUUCCUCCUCCGGUGGUCCCUGGUGGACCAGUCUUCCUCCCUGGACCCAGGUGAGAUAUGCAGGGUCAUCAUGGGUUUUAUGGAGUUCUACCUGGAGAUUGACCCCGUCACCCUCAACCUCAUCAUCCUCAUCGCCAGCUAUGUCAUCCUGCUCCUAGUCUUCCUCAUCUCCUGCAUCUUGUAUGACUGCCGUGGUAAGGACCCCACCAAGGAGUACGUCCCCGACAGCGCGACGGCGCCGCCCAGCCAGUCGCCCAUACGCCUGGUGGUCAUGCAGAACUCGCCCGCCUCGGGCCGCUGCGAGCCCAACAACACGUCGGGUCACGUUGCGCCGCCGACGCCGGACCUGAGCCGGGACCGAGCGGAGAGGGAGAAGAGGAGUACUCUGGUCUGAGGAGGAGGAAGGAGACGCCAUGACGGGCGGCUGCAGAACUUUGUGUUUUUAUUCCUGGACUCUGGACUCUGAACAUUCUGGACGUGUUGACGGUCUGCUGUGGAGUCAGAGGUCUUCCCAGAGAGAAUUCACUUCCCUUCAAAGACCCAGGACUUUUGCCAGGUUUGACCAGGGCCUGGUGAAGGAAUACCAUCAUUAUCAGGUCUUCUCCUGAACCAGAACCUCUCCAACUGGACCUGGGCAUCUGCUCCCACCUGACAGAGACACUGAAGGAGAUCUGAACAUUUUAUCAUCCAACAGAGGCAGCAGGGCGAUGCUCUAAGUGGUGCUGAAACUUUUCUGACCAGCAGAAGAAGAAACCGCUUCAUUGAGUUUCCUUUUCUAACAGGUUGGAAUGUUCUUAGACAAAUCUGAUUCAGCUUCUUUCAUGAGCUGGGAACACAAACAUCUGACUGGUCUGAGAAUCCACAAAUAAU